AUGCUGCUGGCGGUACCACGCUAUCGCAGUCUCACAGACGAUGCUUCAGGUCUGGGAGAUUUACCUACCACUGCGGCGCUGCAGGACGCUUCUAGCUGCCGGGACCACAUGCAAAGUGCGAAACGCGCCUACACAGGCGAAAUUGGCCACGGCAUUGGCAACGGGACGGCAAGGCAGCAUGCCUGCCGAAUGUCAUCUCAUGGCAUGCAUUUUUCGACCAGACCUGUCGCACGCUUUUCGCCUUCCAGGGUUCGCAUCGAUGAUUACACUCUGGUAGACUAG